AUGGAGUGGCCAACAAGGCGCCUGCUCGUAGUCCUCUACCUCUUGCUUUGGACCAGCACCGUCGCCGUUGGGUCGCCAGCGGCGUCGGCGCCGGAGCCAGUGGGGGUGGGCGUGGUGCUGGACCUGACGAGCGACGUGGGGAGGAAGACCCUCGCCUGCAUUUCCAGGGCGUUGGACGACUUCAACGCUGGCCCGUACGCCAGCUACGGUGCCGCGCCGGUGAUCAAGCUGCGCGUGAUGGACUCGAGCGGGGAUCUGGCCAUUGCGGCGCAUGCUGCCGAGGACUUGAUCAAGAAUGCCCGAGUGCAAACCAUCCUCUGGGGUCCUCAGACACUAACUAAAGUAGAUCACAUCGCUCAUCUAUGCCACAAGAACCACAUUCCAUUUCUCACCUUCUCCGGCAUUUCCACAACAAUGUGCGCUUUCUGGCUAGAAAACCAUGAUGUGGCUUUCGGAGACCAUGACAAGAUUGGCUUUACACUUGGAAGUGAUAAUAUAACCUUUCUUAGUCCAAAAACCAAUACAAGAAAUGCCAGAAAACUAUAUACAAGAAAAACAAAGAAGAUAUGCAAAGGUCAGACGAAGCUCAAGAUCGCCGUGCCACAAAAAGAAGGUUUUCAAGUUUUUGUGAAUGUUAUUGGUUCUAUUUCCAAUAAACAAAACAUCACUGGCUACAGCAUUGAUAUCUUCGAGGCUGCUCUGAGACAUUUACAUCCUCUCCCAUGCUAUAAAUUUAUUGUUUUCAAUGGUACCUACGAUGAGCUAGUAGGCAACGUGUCUUCGGGGGUGUAUGAUGGUGCAGUGGGAGAUGUGACGAUAACCGCGGAGCGAGUCACUAGCACGGACUUUACAAUGCCAUACACACAAUCUGGUGUGUCUAUGCUUGUGCUCUCCGAGGAUGAGCCAGAAACAAUCCGUUGGACAUUUGUAAAGCCGCUAAGUGGGAAGCUUUGGUUAGCAACCAUGGUAUUCUUCCUCUAUACCGGCUUUGUUGUGUGGAUGAUUGAAUUGCCCAGGAAUCAAGAGUACCAAGGGUCAAGUUUGAGACAGUGUAGCACUGCCCUCUACUUCGUUUUCUCCACUUUGACGUUUUCUCAUGGUCAAAGUAUUAGAAGCCCCUUGUCAAAAGUUGUUGUGGUGAUAUGGUGCUUUGUAGUGUUGAUUCUAGUACAGAGCUACACAGCAAGUUUGUCAUCUAUUCUUACUGCAAAGAGGCUCCGUCCUUGGGUAACAGAUCUGGAGCAACUCCGGCGUAAUGGUGAUUUUGUAGGAUACCAAGAUGGCUCAUUUGUGCGAUCCUUCUUGAUGAAGCAUAAUAUCAGUGAAAGUAAGCUAAGGAACUACAAGAAAAAAGAAGACUAUGUUGUUGCUUUGAGAAAGGGGUCCAUGAAUGGAGGUGUGUCAGCUAUCGUUGAUGAGAUCCCCUAUUUAACCUCUUUCCUCUCUGAUCGUCAGUACAAAAAUGACUUUAAGAUGCUCGGGUGCAUAUACAAGACUCCUGGAUUUGGUUUUGCAUUCCGUCUAGGUUCUCCACUAGUGCGUAACAUUUCAACUGCCAUCUUGAACCUUGAGGGAGGGGAUGAGGGCUCACAAAUUGAAGAGAAAUGGUUUGGCACAACUUCACCAUCUAUGGGUGUUGGUGCAGUCCUCGAUGCUGAUUCUGCACCUCUCACACUACAAAACUUUUCUGGUCUCUUUGUCAUCACAGGAUCCAUUUCAACUCUCAUGUUGCUAAUAAGCAUUGUGAGAUUGGUUUAUGCCAGAUGCAUCAAGUUGGGAAAGGCGAACAUGGAAAUCAUUAGCUAUGAUUUUGUGGAUGAGGGUGCGUUACAAAAUGGCAUGGAAAAUAACCCCAACCCUAGUCAACAACACAUCCGUGAAGCUAUCACUGAUGAUUCCCCGGGCAUCCACGGAAGUGGAGAAAAUGAUGGGGAUGUAGAGGCUGACCCAGUGCACUAG